AUGUCUCUCGGCUUCACUCUUGCAUUCGGAGCCAUGUUCAGUAAAACCUGGCGAGUGCACGCAAUCUUCACUAACAUCAAACUCAAUAAAAAGGUCAUUAAGGAUUACAAGCUGUUUGCGAUAAUUGGAGUGCUGUUGUUUUGUGAUAUCGUCGUGCUGGCCACCUGGGCGGCCGUUGAUCCGAUGAGCCGCGCGAAACAAAACAUGACCGCCAAGAGGGACCCUCACCAUGACGAUCAGGAAAUCAUUCCCGUGCGGGAAUUCUGCGAGAGUAAGCACAUAGAGAUCUGGCUCGGUGUCAUCAUGGCCUCCAAGGGCCUUCUAAUGGCGUUCGGUUGCUUCCUCGCGUGGGAGACGCGGCACGUGAACAUACCGGCACUGAACGACUCCAAGUACGUCGGCAUGUCCGUCUACAACGUCGUCAUCCUGUGCGUCGCCGGCGCUGCGAUCGCCUUCCUCAUACAGGACCAGCAGAACGCCUCGUUCGGCAUCCUCAGCCUGUUUGUAAUCUUCUGCACGACGAUCACCCUCUGCUUGGUGUUCGUGCCGAAGCUGCUCGAGCUGCGCUGUAAUCCGUCGGGCAACGACAAGCGCAUUCGUGCGACGCUAAAGACGGCAAAGACGCAGCAGACGACGCACAAUGCCGAGCUGCACAUCAAACUCAAAAACCUGAAGGAGGAAAACAUCAAGCACAGGAAGAGGUUGGAAGAUGUAAAUAAGGAACUCGAAGCACUGAUGGAAAGGUUAAAAGAUGAAGGGGAGGACAUGUCGCUGAUAUCGCCCGUGCAUAGAGCCGUAGCCGCCCUACGACUGGAGAGUAGUCCUUUACAUACGUCCUAUAGAGGAAGCUCGACGGAUGAGGAAGAGAUCAAUUCCGUGUACUCGUCGGAGGAGCAGAUGGAUGGCACCAUGUGGCAGCUGGAGGCAGGCAGCAAGCCGCGGCUGCAGCACUACUUCAUGCCUGACAUCUCGUCGAGCGCUGUCUCGGAAAUCACGGAUGCAAUUGAACUCUCCGACAUAGGCAACCGUCCUACAUUCAACGUGCUACCGACCAUCGCCGCUUCACAGACGGACAUAUUGGACGCGUGCGCCGACAAAACUCUGGCCGACAAGGAGCUGCGACCGCAAGAUGGCAGCAGCCGUCCGCCGAAGCGAGCUGGCGGCCUGCCAUAUCACGACCUAGCUUUUAUAAAUAACCUCAAUAAGAGGACGCCACUGUCCGAAUCGGACACAAACAGCAUUCGCAGCGGUAGUCUGCAGGGUGAUGACGACGCAGCGACACCUGUCGGCAGUCGAAAGGACUCGCUCUGCAGCGGCACACUGACAGCUAGCUCUCCGAGCCGCAGCGUCGCAUCCGAGCAUCGGCUACGAGCGAACUCUAGCGACCACACCGUCACCGCCGACGACGCGCGUACAACGUCGGCGAAUUCUUCGAUCGGCGACCAGUCAGCUGGCCGACUUGGCGACGCCGUCGACGUCGCUGCGUCCGCCACGUACAGUGUCGGCGAUGAUGCGGGCGACCGGCUCCGUGAGAGACAUGCGGCGGCGGCUGGCAGCGGGGAAGAGACGGCGGGCAAGGAUGCAGAUGCGCAGCCUCCCGAGUCGCACAGCCUGCUCGGUGAGGCGCGCAGUGUCGAGCGGCUGCUGGGCAUGCCCCCCGGGCACGAUAGAGCGCACAGGACGAAGCCACCGCUCACGAUGAAGCCCACGCCGCCGCCGCCGCCGCCGCGACGCCCGCACGCCGACGCAACAGCUGACGAGGCCGAAUCUGAUGUGUUCCGCGUGGAUGUAAGCAUAACAGUAUUCUUGUACAAAAUGGACGCGUACAUUGUAGACCUUGUGUAA